AUGGGUUUGCUGUCACAAGGGUCUCCACUCAACUGGGAAGAAACAAAGAAGUAUGCUGACCACAUAAGAAAACACGGAAUUAUUCAGUUCCUCAAUAUCUACAACAAGGUCAAAGAUCGCCAGAAAGAUGUGCUGAAGUGGGGUGAUGAGGUAGAGUACAUGUUGAUGGAGUGGGACAACAAUAACGAAAAAGUGAGGCUUGUACUGAGAACUGCUGAAAUUUUGGAAACGCUCCAGGAGCAAGGGGAAAAGAUAAACCCAAAUCACCCCACCCUCUGGAGGCCUGAGUAUGGCAGCUACAUGAUUGAGGGGACCCCAGGGCAGCCGUAUGGUGGGACCAUGUCAGAAUUCAACACUGUGGAGGGCAACAUGGGCAAGAGGAGGCGAGAGGCUUCAUUUCUCCUCAAAGACAAUGAGACACUGGCCACUGUCACUGCUUUUCCAAGAUUAGGAUGCCCAGGUUUUACCAGACCAGAGCAUCCACCGACCCCUGUUGAAAAGGGAGUGUCAAAGUCACUGUUUUUUCCCGACCAAGCCAUCAAUGUACAUCCCAGAUUCAGUACCCUAACAAGAAAUAUACGUCACCGGAGAGGAGAGAAGGUCGUUAUCAAUGUGCCGAUUUUCAAAGACAAGUGUACUCCAUCGCCUUUUGUGGAGAAGUUUCCAGAGGACGAUGGGGAAGCAGCCAGAGCCGCGCUGCCCGACCACAUCUACAUGGACGCCAUGGGCUUUGGAAUGGGCAACUGCUGUCUACAGGUCACAUUCCAGGCUUGUAGCAUUGAUGAGGCAAGAUAUCUUUAUGACCAACUCGCCACGUUCUGUCCCAUUGUGAUGGCUCUCAGUGCAGCCUCUCCUUUCUACAGGGGCUAUGUGUCAGAUAUCGAUUGUCGCUGGGACGUUAUUUCCGCCUCAGUGGAUGACCGGACAGAGGAGGAACGUGGAAGAAAGCCUUUAAAAAACAACAAAUACAGAAUCUCAAAAUCAAGAUAUGACACAAUUGACAGCUACCUUUCGAGCUGCGGGGAGAAGUAUAAUGACAUUAAAUUGAUUAUAGAUGAAGAGAUCUACAACCAGCUGCUUGGUGGAGGGAUUGACAAGAUGCUGGCCCAACACAUUGCGCAUCUUUUCAUCAGAGAUCCACUUUCUGUGUUUGAAGAGAAAAUUAACCUUGAUGAUGAGAAUGAGUCGGAUCACUUUGAAAACAUCCAAUCAACAAACUGGCAGUCAAUGAGGUUCAAGCCCCCUCCACCAAACUCUGAAAUCGGCUGGAGAGUCGAGUUCCGCCCAAUGGAGGUUCAGCUUACAGACUUUGAAAAUGCUGCAUAUGUGGUUUUUGUUGUGCUACUCACAAGAGUUAUCUUGUCCUACAAACUGGAUUUUCUAAUUCCCUUGUCAAAGGUGGAUGAGAAUAUGAAAGAGGCUCAGAAAAGGAAUGCAGUACACGAAGGCAUGUUUUAUUUCAGAAAGGACAUAUUCAAAGGCUGUAACUCAGCUGCCACUGCUGCUGCUGCUGCUCAAAAUGGCCUGGAAACUAAUGAGGGCACCAACGAGGAGUACACACUGAUGAGUAUCGACACCAUCAUCAAUGGAAAAGAGGGAGUUUUCCAGGGCCUGAUUCCUAUUCUGAACUGCUAUCUGGAAAAUAUGGAGGUUGAUGUUGACACUCGCUGCACCAUUCUAAAUUACCUGAAGCUUAUUAAGAAGCGUGCCUCUGGUGAGCUGAUGACUAUGGCCAAGUGGAUGAGGGAGUUUGUUGCAACCCACCCUCAGUACAAACAGGACAGCGUUAUCACUGACAAGAUCAACUACGACCUGAUGAGAAAGUGCGACAGGAUCGCAAAGGGAGAGGAGCAGUGCCCCGAGCUUUUCGGAAACCCACUCAACAGGGACCGUGGCGUGGUUCCUCUCGCAGCCUACGAGAGCGCGCAGGUCACACUGAUGACUCCCUUUGGGUGUGCCGCUGGACCAGUACAUCACAGCGGGUCACCACCUGCAGAGCAUCGGGCCAGAGAGAAGUCCUCCCACUGGUCCCACUUUGCCACACGCUUCAAUCAAAGCAGUGCAGCAGGACACAACAGCUGUCGGAGCGCACAAGAUGGGCGGGUACGAGGAUGGCUGCUGCUGGAUGAUUACUUGCCCACGUUGGCACUUACGGCUCUGUACCUGCUCAUGGUCUGGACCGGCCCUGUGCUCAUGAAGCACCGGGCGCCGUUCUCCUGCCGCCUCCUUCUGCUCGGAUACAACGUGGGCCUCACCCUGCUCUCGCUCUACAUGUUCUGGGAGCUGAGCUCUGCAGCGUGGCAUGGGAGUUACAGCCUUUACUGCCAGAACACACACAGUGCACCUGAAGUGGACAUCAAAGUGAUGAGGGCUCUCUGGUGGUACUACUUUUCCAAGAUCAUAGAGUUCAUGGACACAUUUUUCUUUAUUCUGCGCAAGAACAACCACCAGAUUACGUUUCUCCACAUAUACCACCACGCCACCAUGUUGAAUAUUUGGUGGUUUGUCAUGAACUGGAUCCCCUGUGGUCAUUCUUUUUUUGGUGCCACCAUCAACAGUUUUGUCCAUGUUGUGAUGUACUCGUACUACGGGCUGUCGUCGAUCCCAGCCAUGCGGCCUUACCUCUGGUGGAAGAAAUACCUCACGCAACUGCAGCUUAUCCAGUUUUUUCUCACCGUGGCUCAGUCCUGUUGUGCGCUCAUCUGGCCGUGUGGCUUCCCCAUGAGAUGGGCCUGCUUUCAUAUCCUCUACAUGUUCUCCCUCAUUGUCCUUUUUACCAACUUUUACAUCCAGACUUACAAAAAGCACACCAUUUCUAAGAAGCAGCAAAAUGGUUUUGGUGCCAUAAAAGGACAUCCAAAUGGGAUUGAUGUGCAAAGGAAACUCCGAGUGGAUUGA